AGAAGUAGCGAAACCAGCCUGAAUCCCAUUUUCUGAACACUAAUCUCGAAGAGUGGUCCGCGGUCGGACUUCCAAUUCCUCUGGUGAUUCGUGUUCGUGUGGAGUGUGUGUGUGUCUCGGCUUCCUAUAACGGUAGCUUGCAAAGAUAUUUCCAAGUCCAAGAUCCAACUUCCUACAAAAUGUCGAAGCCACAAUCGGACGUCGAUAAAAGGAAACAAAUCAGUGUGCGCGGCAUCGCCCAGCUGGAAGAUGUGAACGAGAUCAAGAAGGAUUUCAAUCGGCAUCUUCACUACACGCUGGUAAAGGAUAGAAAUGUAGCCACCGUGCGUGAUUAUUACUUUGCGCUGGCUCACACGGUGAAGGAUCAUCUAGUUUCAAGAUGGAUCAGAACCCAGCAGUACUAUUACGAGAAGGAUCCCAAGCGCGUGUACUAUUUGUCCUUGGAAUACUACAUGGGACGAUCAUUGCAAAACACCAUGAUAAAUCUUGGCAUUCAAACGUCAUGCGAUGAAGCCAUGUAUCAGCUUGGGCUGGACAUUGAGGAACUGGAGGAGCUGGAGGAAGAUGCCGGCCUGGGCAACGGUGGUUUGGGCCGGCUGGCUGCCUGCUUCCUUGAUUCCAUGGCCACGCUUGGAAUGCCCGCCUACGGAUACGGCAUUCGUUAUGAGUAUGGUAUUUUUGCACAAAAGAUUCGCAACGGCGAACAGGUGGAGGAGCCCGACGAUUGGCUGCGCUAUGGCAAUCCGUGGGAAAAGGCUCGCCCCGAGUACAUGAUCCCCAUCCAUUUCUAUGGCCGCGUGAUCGACACACCGGAGGGCAAGAAGUGGGUCGACACACAGACCGUGUUCGCUAUGCCGUACGAUAAUCCGGUGCCUGGGUAUGGAAACAAUGUGGUGAAUACUCUGCGCCUGUGGUCUGCCAAGUCGCCGAUUGAUUUCAACCUGAAGUUCUUCAACGAUGGUGAUUACAUUCAAGCGGUGCUGGAUCGUAACUUGGCAGAAAACAUCUCGCGUGUGCUGUAUCCCAAUGACAACUUCUUCGAGGGCAAGGAAUUGCGCUUGAAGCAGGAAUACUUUAUGUGCGCUGCCACGCUUCAGGACAUUGUGCGUCGCUACAAGGCCUCCAAGUUUGGGUCGCGCGAUGCCGUCCGAACGUCGUUCGAUGACUUCCCCAACAAGGUGGCCAUUCAAUUGAACGAUACGCAUCCCUCGUUGGCAAUUCCGGAGUUGAUGCGCAUUCUGAUUGACGAUGAAAAAUUAAGCUGGGAGAAGGCGUGGGACAUUGUGGUGCGCACUUGCGCCUACACGAAUCACACCGUGCUUCCGGAGGCACUGGAGCGCUGGCCGGUUUCGAUGCUGCAGUCCAUUUUACCACGUCAUUUGGAGAUCAUUUAUCAUAUAAACUUUUUGCAUUUACAAGAAGUUGAAAAACGGUUCCCGGGCGAUUUCGGGCGCAUGCGGGCACUGUCGCUGGUGGAGGAGGAUGGCGAGAAGCGUAUCAACAUGGCAAACCUGUCCAUUGUCGGUUCGCACGCUGUGAAUGGUGUGGCGGCGAUCCAUUCCGAGAUUAUUAAGAAGGACAUCUUCAAAAGCUUCUACGAGAUGACGCCGGAAAAGUUCCAGAACAAAACGAACGGCAUCACGCCGCGACGUUGGCUGCUGCUGUGCAACCCCGGUCUGUCUGAUCUGAUCGCAGAGAAGAUCGGCGACCAGUGGCCGGUACAUCUGGAGCAGCUGCAGCAGCUGAAGAAAUGGGCCAAGGAUCCUACAUUCCAGCGGGCCGUAGCACGUGUGAAGCAGGAGAACAAGCUGAAGCUGGCGCAGCUUUUAGAGCGGGAUUAUGGUGUGAAAGUGAAUCCGGCCUCGAUGUUUGAUAUUCAGGUCAAGCGCAUUCACGAAUACAAACGGCAGUUGCUGAACUGUCUGCACAUCAUCACGCUGUACAAUCGCAUCAAGCGAGAUCCAACGGCCAACUUUACGCCGCGUACGAUCAUGAUUGGCGGCAAGGCGGCCCCCGGCUACUACAUUGCAAAGCAAAUCAUCAAGCUCAUCUGUGCGGUCGGUAAUGUGGUGAACAAUGAUCCGAUCGUUGGCGACAAGCUGAAGGUCAUUUUCCUCGAAAACUAUCGAGUAACGUUGGCCGAAAAGAUUAUGCCGGCUGCCGAUCUUUCCGAGCAGAUUUCUACCGCUGGCACGGAGGCUUCGGGCACGGGCAAUAUGAAAUUCCAGCUCAAUGGUGCCCUUACGAUCGGCACGCUGGAUGGCGCCAACGUAGAGAUGGCCGAGGAGAUGGGCAAUGAGAACAUCUUCAUCUUCGGUAUGACUGUGGAGGAGGUGGAGGAUCUUAAGUGCCGUGGGUACAACGCCUAUGACUACUACAAUUCCAACCCCGAUAUCAAGCAGUGCGUGGAUCAGAUUCAGGGCGGAUUCUUCAGCCCGGGUAAUCCCCAUGAGUUCCAAGAUAUCGCCAAUGUGCUGCUGAAGUAUGACCGUUACUACUUGUUUGCUGAUUUCGAUUCCUACAUUAAAACGCAAGAUCGCGUAUCGGCCGUCUAUCAGGAUCAACCGAAAUGGUUGGAGAUGUCGAUCAACAACAUUGCAACGAGCGGCAAGUUCUCUAGCGAUCGCACCAUCGCCGAAUAUGCGCGACAAAUCUGGGGCAUCGAACCGAGCUGGGAAAAGCUGCCCAACCCGGGCGUUGCAAAGUAGAGCGCUAAAAAGGAAAACGGUAAAAUAGUCAACCAAGUUUGCGCCACUGCCGUUUCACGCACGCUACCAACCAUCGGAUCGGAAUUAUAGAGAAUUAUACUCCCGUAAUGGCUAUCUAAAGAACGUUGCAUAAGUUAGCUUUGCGAUUUGAGCCUGCAAUAUACUCUUUUCUAGGGUGCCAUCAAUAUAACUAACCACCGACACACACAAUAACACUAACACUCAUAUUAUAUUAACAUACACACACACACACAAUGGGGAUUUAGUUAGCUCUUAGUGCAUCAGAAACGUGAAUUGGAUGAUUUUGUUAUUCCUUUUUCUCUUAUAUGUUCAACACACAGUCGAACGUUACGGCACAUGUUAUUUUAUGAAUAAAAUGCUGUUGUUGGUAGUGAAUGUUGGGGGAAGAUUGUUUUGAAAUAAACCAUUAAAAUCGCAUCCAGCAAA